AUGGAAGGAAAUGACAGGAAAAAACAAUUAGAGUUAUAUUUGACGGCAACAUUCAAGACACUAAACAUUAUGUUUGAAUUCAACGCCUCUACACUUUUCUUGUAUGUUUUUUUUUUAUUUUAUGUGUGGGCAAGUUGUUUGCAAAUUGCGGAUAAAAGAUGUUUGGCCAUGAGCAGAAAGCUAGAAUUUGACAACUACGCACUGAUUGCAAAAAACUUCCGAAUCCAAGAAAUAAAUGGUAUUCUUCGACCCGAGUGCGUUCAUCAAUGUUUAAGAAAUGGAACCAAGUGUGUAGGGGUUUUAGUGAACGAAAUCUUCCAGUCUUGUUGGCUUUUAAAAUGUUCCAUGAAUCUGAGAUUAUUGCAGAAGGGUUUUCUACAGUUGUCAAAUGGAUGGAAUUAUUACGCAAAUGGUGAUGCUUGUAGGCCUGGGUGGGAUCCAUUCAAUGGUCAUUGCUACUUUUUUGAGAAUUCUGUCAAAGAAACCCGGACUGGAGCUUCGUCCCGAUGCAAUGACCUUGGAGGGUACCUGGUUCAAAUCGAAAACGAAGAGGAAAACACGUGGCUUACUAAUUAUUAUGCUAUUGAUGAAAGUAAUAUAAACAGACACUAUAAAUUCGCUGUCUGGAUUGGUGCUAUCAGCUCGUCACCAACCGGACCGUACAGGUGGGAACUUUCCGGACCAACCCUGGACUACCAGCCUUGGUACCCAGGGAACCCAACUUAUAACGUUGAGUUGUGUGUCAAUUUAUUGGGAUCAGGAAUGUGGAAUGAUAUAAUGUGUGAUAACUCUUACUAUUUUGUAUGCGAAAGUGAUUAA